AUGGAAAGAAAAGGGUUUGAAGCAGAUGUGUUUACAUACAGCACACUUGCUAGUGGGCUAUGUAAAUUGCAUAAGUAUGAAGAAGCCAAGAGAACACUAAAUUUGAUGGUGGAGAAAGGAGUGGCUCCGAACGUUGUGACUUGCGCUACUUUUAUUGAGAUAUAUUGUAAGGAAGGAAACUUUGCAGAAGCUGAGAGGUUCUUAGGGAAUAUGGAUAAAAAGGGUGUGGUGCCUAAUAUUGUUGCAUAUAAUACUCUAAUAGAUGCAUAUAGCAGGAAAGAAAAAGUAAAGCAAGCUCAUAAGGAGAUAAUGCCAGAUGUAUUUACAUACAUAUCACUGAUACAUGGGGAAUGUAUAGUUGGCAAGGUAGAUGAGGCUCUGAAGCUUUUCAAUGAAAUGUUGGUAAAGGGCAUAAGAGGAAGCGUGAAGACAUAUACAACAAUUAUUUGUGGUUUAUCCAACGAGGGGAGAGCAGAUGAAGCUUUUAAGUUGUAUGACGAGAUGUUGAGAAUGGGUCUAACACCUGAUGAUAGAGUUUUUGCUGCACUUGUUGGCAGCCUUCAUAAACCCGGUUCUCAUGUUGCUGUCAAACAAAAUGAGUAUGGUGAACCAAAAAUAGACACGCCUGAUGCCUCCAGCUGGCCAAACAAUGGUUUGUCAAUUUCACAAGGGAAGUGUUGGGUAACAUACAAACCUCGGAAGGAAAGGUGGCUCAUACACGAUGACACAUCAGGUACUGUUGCAACCUAUGAAACAAUCCAUCAGGAUAUAUACAACGUGACAGAAGAGAAACGUGCAAGCCUAAUUCUCCUUCCAUUCCACAAAGAACUAAACUCAGAAGGUGUGUUGGAAACAACCAACGAUGCAUUAGGUGACAUAAACAAGAAUGUGUUGCAGGAACCACCUUGUUCUGUGGGAUCCUUGUGA